AUUUAAACAAUUUUGUGCCACGGUUUGUGCUGUUCAAAGUCAUACACGUUGGAUGUAUAGGGGAAUCGGUAGCGCACGGUUGGCACCACUUCAUUGUCACUUUUCGAACAAGACGCCAGAUCAAAAUUUUUCCGAUUAAAUUCAUCUAUUACAUGGUUGUUAAAGUUGUACAACAAUGCGAGAUUCUUUAGAAUUGUUUGAAAGGACGCUAGAGGAGUCCACCAGUUGCCAGAAUCUCCAGAAUAAUUUAAUGGAUCUAGUUGAGAAUUUGUACAAAGAUCUGGAGUGUGAACGUCUCUCAACUACGAAUCUGCAGAAACAAAUUCAAUAUUUUGUCGAUCAAGACGUUUUCGGGAUCACUUCAAAGUUCGCGGAGUUAAAAGACGAAUGCGAUUUGUUAAACAACAAAUUAACACUGGCGCGAAGCGAAAACGACGACUUAAAUAUCCAACUCAUCGCCAAGAGUCAAGAAACCAAAAAAUUUCUAACUGAAAAAGAAAACGAACUGAAAACUCAAUACGAAAUCAAGCUCAGACAAAAAGACGAAGAAAUAACCAAAAAAGAACAAGAAGUGGCAGUCGUUAGGGGUCACUCAAAGCUAAAACAACAAGAACUCUUCACCGAGCUUCAAGUCAGCCAAACUUCAGCUGCUGCAGAGUUGGAUAAAAAAGACUCCGAAUUUAGAAGACAACUUAAUGAGUCCAACAAGAAACUCAAAGAUAGCAUGGACACGUGUAACAUCCUGAGGAUUGAGUUGAUAGCGGUUAAAGAGCAGUUCGCUGAAUAUAAAAAAGCGUCAAACGAAAAAAUUGCGGAACUUCAGAAGAGAAUUAAAGAAAUGUCUGGUGGUGGCGAAGUUCCUGUGUCGUCAGACGUUUUGUGGACUAAUGAUCUUGAUGGAUCUGCUAGCAGCGACAAAUCUAACAAAUAUAAGCCACUCAAUGUCAGCUGCAGGAAUAUUUUCGCUUUGGAGGACAAACCGAUUAAUUUGAAAAAAGUGCCGGUUUAUCGAAGUAGUGGAAAAUCUGGUAAUAUUGUGCCGCCGUUGGUAAGACUGCGGGAUAAUUCAAAAGAGAGUAACUUGGUUACUAAUAAUAAUAAUAAAAAGAGGAAGCUUUAUAAUCCUGACGAUUUGAGCUACCUGAGUGUGAACGUUGACGAAAAUAUGUAAGUAAAAGUUUCCUGUUUGGGUUUCAAUUAAAUAUGAAAUAA